AGGAGUGUGCCUUUUAUGGUGCACUUCUAGGGAGAGACGAAAUAUUGAACAACCAGAGGAUUUCUGGUGUUAAAAUGUCAAACUUACUGUCGCUCUGUGUUGUAUUAUGCAGUAUUUUUUUCCCCCUUUGCACUCCUGCCCCAGCGUGGGACUCGGGGAGGACUUCAGGGCAACAUACUGUCUUCAGCGGGUCUCCCAGGAAGAAACUGCUGCUCAUCUCCUUCGAUGGUUUCCGCUGGGAUUAUGACCGGGAUAUUGAAACUCCCAACCUGGAUCAAAUGGCGAGGGAUGGCGUUAAGGCGCUGUAUGUCACGCCGCCUUUCCUCACUAUAACUAGCCCUGCUCAUUUCUCUCUUCUUACAGGAAAUUACGUGGAGAAUCACGGAGUAAUUCACAACAUUUGGUUCAACACGACCACUCAGGAGAAGAAGCAAUACCAUGCAGCUCAGUUUGUUGAUUCUUACUGGGACAAUGGCAGCUUGCCCAUCUGGAUAACAGCACAGAGACAGGGACUAAAAACAGGCUCCCUGCAUUUCCCUGGCACAGCUGCAACGUACAAAGGAGAAACCGUGAACGUGAGGCAGGUGGAGCCUGCUAUCUAUAACCACGGAAAUGAGACAGAGUGGCGACUGAACAUCGACAAGGUGAUUGGAGAGUGGUUCCACCAACAGGAUCUGGACUUUGUCUCCUUGUAUUUUGGGGAACCAGAUUUGGUCGGACACAAAUUUGGACCGGAUUCGCUAGAACUCCGGGAGAUGGUGCAGCAAGUGGAUCGUACCGUGGGCUACAUUCGGGACAAGAUCCAUGACCACGCUCUAACUGACCGACUCAACAUCAUCAUCACUGCUGAUCACGGGAUGGCUAAAAUACUACCAGAUAAACAAAUUCAGAGGAUCAUCUUGUCAAAGAUCCCAGGCUUUAGCUUCAAGGAUAUUCAGUUUCAACUUCUGGAUUACGGCCCCGGUGGCAUGUUACUUCCCAAAAAAGGAAAAUUAGAAUCAGUCUAUCAGGCUCUAAAGGGAGGCCACCCUCACCUUCAUGUGUAUAAAAAAGAGGACGUACCGGCUCGACUGCAUUACAGCUCACAUUCGCGACUCCUUCCCAUCAUCCUCAUGGCCGACCCUGGAUAUGUAAUAAGUGGGUUUUUUCCGUUGCAGUUCAACAAAGGCGAUCACGGCUUUGACAAUGAAGCCAUGGAUAUGAAAGCCUUCUUCAGGGCCGUGGGGCCUGAUUUUCAGAAAAACCUCAUGGUUGAUCCCUUUGACCUGGUUAACGUGUACCCACUCAUGUGUCAUCUGCUUGGAAUCAAACCAGAGCGCAACGACGGACACUUGGACAAAACCAAACACAUGUUGGUCCACGAAGGGAAUGCAGGAAGUGAUCAUGAUGCUGACAAGAACAACACUCAAACGGAGGUCCUGAUCGGCUUAGCGACGGUGAUUGGGCUGCUCGCCCUUGCGUUCGUCGUCAUGGUUUCCUACAACAAGUGCAAAAGGUUAAAAGCCUGAAGUGGUCUGCAAGUUUUCACAUCCCAUUUUUUUGACAGAGGAACUCAUGCGGUUGCCUGAACACUCGCGGGCACGGUGUGGUCUUCCAAGCUUCAACAAAGGGGUCAUGUCAGGAUUCCGUGUGAAAUAAGUUUCUCUUCUCUUCUUUCCACAUCAAUGAAAAAAAAAACACUGCAGUAUUUACUAUUUACUGACUUACUGUAUAUCGACUUGAACCAAAUAAAAACAUAAUAAUUCUGCUACAUGUAUUGAACACUGGGAGGUUGGUGUUUUGUUGUUUUUUUAAAUGUUCACUGAAACUAAAGCUUUGUAGUUAGCUGCUGUACAUUGGUGACAGAAAUGUCCCCAACACAUUAUUUGCAUCCAAAUCCGUGUUGUAGUCCAUGUACUUGUGUCACCUAAUUUUGAGUAACUUCCAGGACAAAAAAAUUGAUACCUCAGAAAUGCGUUAAAAAAAAGAGCCCAUCCAUGUCUCAGUUAUCUCCAUUUUUGUUGACUUGAAUAAAAUACCAACAUUAUUGUA